AUGCCGAUUACUGAUGAAGUGGAUAAAAUGAAAAAACAACGUGAUCAGUUGCAUAUUUUUAGUUGGAUUUCUGGGUUGGAUAAGGAGUAUGAUGUUUUGAAAUCACAAUUAUUGGGGAAUAAGGAAUUAGACUCGCUCGACCAAGUUUUUUCUAUGGUUCAAAAUGCGUCAGUGAACCUUGGUACUGAUGGUACGUUGGAGAAACAAGUCUUUUUCUCACAGGGAGAUAGUGGGACUGAUAGUGCCAAUAUUCGAGGAGGUCGGUUCAGGGGACGAGGUAGAGGGCGCGGAGGAGGUCGAGGGCAAAGGGCUUGCUAUAAUUGUGGUGAUCCCGGUCAUCUGCGCAACCAAUGCCCACAGCUCUCCGACCAUAGGAGAUUUGCUAAUUCUGCCUCUAGACCAGAAGGGACAGUUAUGAUAACUGAAGAAGAAUUGGUUUUGUUUAAUCAGUUAAAGCUGUCUUCCUCGCAGUCUCCCGCUAGUCCAGGGUCAUUGCCGUCUCCUUCAACUACCUUUGUUCAAACAGGUAAUCCUAUUGCUUGUGUUUCCUCCUCGUCUCGACAGUGGGUCAUUGAUUCUGGAGCCAGUGACCACAUGUCAGGAUCUGUUGACGAAGACGAUUAUUGGUAA